AUGCGGUUGUUCUCAGCUGUUUUAAUCAUACUUCACCUACAUCUGCGGCCCAAUCUUGCUUACAUCCACAUUCAUAUUGUAGCAACAACUAAUUAUUCGCAGUUAUAUCAAAACGUGUUCACGUUUCUAAAACAACCCGAGUUUGAGCCGAGGCACCCUACAACAACAAUUGUACAGUUGGAGGACUUGUGCGACUUUGUCGAUGAGGUAAGGCAUGGUAAAGUAGUAUAAAGGGGUAGGGUAGGGUAGGGUAGGGUAGGGUAGGGUAGGGUAGGGUAGAGUAGGGUAGGGUAGGGUAGGGUAGGGUAGGGUAGGGUAGGGUAGGGGAGGGUAGGGGAGGGUAGGGUAAAAAAAUAUUUUAUAAAAUUUUUAAUUUUUUCAGUUAAACUUAAAUUUACCAUCGACUGACAUAGUGUUCAUGCUAUAUGAAGGUACCGAAGAAGUGAAUCCAUGUCCAUAUAAAGUACAUCGAGAAAGUGUAAAUCUGCUUCAAGUAUGUCACUUUGUAACGUAUAGUAAACUAUAAAACUACAGUAAGAUAAUUAAUGUCAUAAAAAUUGCAGUAAAACUUUAGUUAUUAUGUUGUUCACUUAAUUCUGCGCCUCCUCUCAAAAAAAUCAAAGGAUCUAAGGAUAAGGUGGCGCAGAAUUAUGUGAACAACCUAAUAAUGUCCUUCUUUUAGUUCUUCAACACAUCAGAUCACCCCUCCUUUGCUCCAGAGAUAUUACUGUACACAAAGUUUGGCAAAGUCAGAUGGGGACCAUAUAAACAAGAAUUAUGUGCAGUAACAGACACAGUGAGUGAAGAAAUCGACGAGGAACUGACGGAUUACAAACCUCAAAUGAUCAACUUUAAUGAAACCUUGAGAUCCAUCGUCAACUUGACCAUCAACAUCGCUCAACAAAGCUCCGAGGAAAUUGUAAGUACCCUACCCCGCCUACCCUACCCUACCCUACCCUACCCUACCCUACCCUACCCUACCCUACUCUACCCUACUCUACCUUACCCUACCCUACCCUACCCUACCCUACCCUAUCCUACCCUAUCCUACCCUACCCUACCCUACCCUACCCUACCCUACCCUACCCUACCCUACCCUACCCUAUCCUACCCUAUCCUAUCCUACCCUACCCUACCCUAACCUAUUCUACCCUACCCUACCCUACCUUAAAUUUUAACUUUAAUUCUCUUUCAGGCAACCGACUUGGUAGCCCCACUACGAGAGAUCAGUGAAGUCAGAGUUCUUCAAGAGCUACUACAAGAACGGCAGAUGCUUGAAGAGACGACCGACGUUCUAACGAUGACUAACUUGUUUGAGAUACUGUACGUCAUAAUGUUGAUAUACGCUUUGUUAUUCACGUUUGCUGUGUAUCCAAGUCGACGACUGAUCUUGAAGGAGAGUAUGUAUCCAGAAGAUACGACGACAAAGAAGCCGGCUACAUGGAAGGACAGGUUCAAAACGGUUGGAAACGCGGUGACAUGGUGA